AUGGAGUCCUCGCGUGUCAACGUCUCCUCAACAACCACUGGUCACGUAGAGUACAAUCCACGGAAGCGGCACAGGACCGCCUGCUCGCGAUGCAAAACGCGAAAGCAAAAAUGUGACAAUGACUACCCAUGCUGCUCUAACUGCCGCAAAGCUGGUGUUGAAUGUGACAAAGUUUCACUGAAUCUCGAUAAUGAUAAUGGAUCGGGAUACACCCGGGCUCUUGAAGACCGUGUGGCAUACUUAGAGAGCAGACUUUCGGAAUCUUUACAAUCCAGAACUGCAGAUGAUUCUAUCUUAACGACUAAUGCCAGCCAUAUCCUUCACCCAAUGGAUGCUUCUCAACGGCAAACUCCAGACAGUUCUCAAAGGGUGCUUAAUGGCAGCACUGGUACACUAGGUGAAAUUGUCGGCUUCCUUUCUCUGGGUGCUGCCGAAUCCCCAGCCUAUGUGGGCUCCAGCUCAGGUUUAUCGCUGGCUGUCAAUUUAGGGGAAAUGGUUCGUGCAACUGUUAUGACAAAAGCGUUUCCCUCUCCUUCAACUACUACGCCUAGAGCAGACUCGCAAGGCGGGAAUAACAACCUUGCUGGAGACAGUACCGAGCAUCCUUCUCGAGCUAUCAAGUUGAAUGAGUUGCUAAAACACCGUGCUGAUCCUCCAAGCGACGAAAUGGGCUCGUAUUUCGUUAAUGUCUAUUUAAGUCGUGUUCAUAGCCGAUAUCCCUUCAUAGAUCGGGAUGAAAUCUGGAAGGCUCAUGAGGAUCGGGGGCGCCUCGGAAAGGCAAAGUCUGAAGAGUUAUCCAGAACUGAACGUUUCGGGAUAUUCAGGCUCUACAUGGUCUAUGCCAUUGCUGCGACAAUAAUUCAACUCGGCGAGAAAUACACUUAUACUGCACCUGAAAAGUACUACGUGACUGCAAUUCAACAUGUGGCAGCUGCUUGUGAAACAAACUCAACACAAAAUGUCGAGGCAAUGCUGCUUUUAGUCAUAUAUCAUCUCCGUUCUGCUACCACCCAUGGUUUGUGGUAUAUUAUCGGGCUUGCUAUGCGAACUUGUAUUGAUCUUGGUCUACAUCGUAGGACUGUCACCGCCGGUCUAGAUCCAUUUACCAUUCAGCUUCGCCGGCGCUUGUUCUGGGCUGUCUACUACCUAGAAAGGGCUAUUUCUCUGUCCCUUGGGCGGCCUUGCAGCAUUAGUGAUCGCCACAUUGAUAUAGACUUACCUCUCGAUGUGGACGAUCAUAUUCGAGAUUCCACUACACUUACCACUUUGCAACCGUCUACUGGCAUUACUACUUUAUCACUUUUCCGCGCUAUACUGAGUAUACGACUGAUCGAGUCCAAGAUUCAGCAUUCUAUUUAUAGGGCCGAUCGACCACUGCAAGAGAUGAGGCCGAAAAUGGACAAGAUAUAUAACCAAUUGGAGGAAUGGAAAAACUUGGUAUUACCACGUUUUGGAAAUGACUUGGAUUUUCCCGUGUUGCACUAUAACAGGGCAGUUCGACUACUUAUUCAGCCUUUCUUGCCUUUAUUACCUGUAACCGAUCCCUAUUACCAUAUCUGUAUUCGUGCAGCAGGCGACAUCUGCCAAGGCCACAAGAAACUACACCAGACCCUAGAAUACGGCCAUUCCUUCCUUGCAGUGCAGACUGUAUUUGUGGCUGGAAUAACCUUACUUUAUGCUCUCUGGACCAAUACCGAGAAUGUAUGGUCGGUGCGUAUGAGUAACGACAUCCGAGCUUGCUCUACAGUCUUAUUUGUCAUGACCGAGCGCGCUCCGUGGGUGAAAAGAUAUCGUGAUGCAUUCGAGCUUUUAGUGAAUGCCGCUAUGGAGAAACUUCAAGGAAACGAAGCGGCAGCCUCCUCUGGGAUGGCCGGUAUGAUGGUCGCACAAGGAUAUGGAAACAGCGGCCAGAAUGGAGGACGCUCAGUCCCAGCACCAAUAGCCAUGGGUAUUGUUGCUCCAACAGCGGUAACGGACACAGUAGCACCCCAAGCAACAAUACCCCCUGGCUCUUUGCAGACUUCAUUUCAUUUUGACAUUGAUGAAGAUGCCAUGCGAAUGGCAAUGGAGUUGGCCCCGUGGAUUGACCAGGAUCUUGGUGAAGGAGCUAGCACUCCUCUCUGGAUGCCUGAUUUCGACACACUUCAAAAUAUCGCUGGUCCAUAUCAAUAUUAA